AUGAGGGUCUCAGUACUAUGCAGCGCAUCGCUCUUCUCAUUGGCGACCUUCGCCUUCCCUGCGAGCAUGCUCAAAGGCGACAUCAGUGAAGCGACCCUUGCGGAAAUCACCGCUUUGACAGAGAAUAUCUCAAGAGAUUUCGAGAGCAAGCGAUCGGGUACCCACGUCAAACGUGCAUUCAACGCAGAGGCUCAGCGCAUCAGUAUCACUGGUGACCAUAAAUACAUUGCGCCAGGCCCCAAUGAUCUCCGUGGACCCUGUCCUGGUAUCAACGUGAUGGCAAACCACGGUUACCUUCCCCGAAAUGGCAUCUCCACAAUCACACAAAUGACGACGGCCGCCAAUGAAGUGUUUGGCAUGGGCCUGGAUCUUUCCGCAUUUCUGGCAGUCUACUCCGCCGUCAUGGCCGGUGAUCUCACCUCCUUUUCGAUUGGCGGCAAACCUAAGACUGGUGGACUCCUAGGCGGUGUCACCUCAUCACUCGGCCUUCUCGGAGAACCACAAGGCCUGAGUGCGUCACACAACCGCUUCGAGGUUGAUGGAUCGCCCACGCGAGGGGACUUGUACUCAACUGGCAACCCCAUCUCUCUCAACUUGGACUAUUUCGAGCAGCUCCUCUCUAUGCCUCUCGGCGAGAACGGGAUUGAUAUCCCCGUCUUGACCGCGUUCCGUCUUGACCGCACGAAGCACUCGAUUGCUACGAAUGGACAUUACUUCUCAGGCCCACUCACGGCCCUUGCGCUUAACCCCGCGACAUAUCAAUUCACCUACCGUUUCUUCGCCAACCACACUGCUGAAAACCCAGAAGGCUACCUUGAUGCCGAAACACUCAUGUCAUUCCAGGGUGUUACUGGAGAGAAAGGUAAUUACAAGUGGGCUCGUGGGCAAGAGAAGAUCCCCGAGAACUGGUACCGCCGCGUCAUCGGCGACGACUACAGCAUCCUGGCCUUCACUUCCGAAGCCCUUUCGCUCGAAAAAGCCCACCCCGAAUUAAUCCGAAUCGGCGGAAACACUGGCCAGCCAAACACGUUCACUGGCGUCGAUGUUGACGACUUGACAGGCAACGUUCUCAACGCGCAGACGCUUCUCGAGGGUAAUAACCUAAUGUGCCUUGCGUUCCAGGCUGCCAGCGAAGCUGCUCCUGACGUCCUCCGCGGAUUAGUUGGCAACGUCUUGAUCGCUGUGCAAAAGUUGGCUUCUGUUCUAGACCCGAUUAUUGCGGAGCUUGGUUGCCCCGAGCUGAUUAAGUACGAUGCAACCCUGUUGAAGGCUUUUCCUGGUGCCGGAAGUGGGAUGUAG